GCAAUUGCUUGCCGCCUCUCCUCUAGCCCUUCUUCCUUCGCAACCUCACCUCACCUUCGGCCCUUCAUCGCGGCAUCACAAUCGCCACCGUCUGGAUCAUCUCGGUCUUUGCUCUUCCUCUAGCCCUCCCUUGCAAUCGCGGCCUCACUAUUGCCCCCAGCUCGCGGUCUCUCCUUCGCUCCCUCACCCUCACCUCCAUGCUCCAUUGUAUUCUUCAACGAUUCUCCCUCCCUUUGCAGUUGCUGACCUGCUCAGAAACCCAGCCUCUCGCAAUUCCAAACACGUGUGUUGAAACGCAUUAGAAAGAAUUGACCACAUAUCCCAGUAUUUUCGAGCAUGUCAGAGUGUGUUAAACACAUUGACACAUGUCUGACACUACUACAUGGAAGCUCCUGCAACUCGUCCAUGCUUCAUAGCAUGCAUCGCAGCGGUUUAAUUAGCAUGAAGAGUCUCCAAUCGUUGGUUGGCCAGAACUAAGCUUUGUUCAAGCACGCACAAUAAAGAGCGUUCCGUGCUAGAAAUCCAACGUGGAAGGCCGAUAAUCAGUGGUAAUCACAGCAGUGUGUAGAUUGUGUUGUUUGAGCACUCCUAAGCUCCAAAAUGAAUUCCGAGAGACAUUUCUGCAAUUCUCAGAUUUGGGAUUCCAUAUUCCUCCUCUUUUGAGGCUCUGCUCCGUCAAUCUCUUUACUGCCUUUGUAUUUGUACAAUCCUCUUGAGAUGAAACAAAAAGAACCUACAUAUUCAGAUGAUCCCUCAUCAACCUCUCCACAUCUAGGUGAUUAUGAAGGCACAACCAAAAAGCCAAAAGGAAAUGACUAUGAAGUGUUCUUGAGCUUUAGAGGGAAAGACACUCGCAAAGGCUUCACCGAUUAUCUCUAUACUAGCCUUGUUGAUGCAGGAAUUCAUGUGUUCAGAGAUGACAAUGAGCUCCGUGUUGGUGAGGAGAUUGGUUCGGAGCUUCUUUGCAGUAUUAUGCAGUCCAAGAUCUCGAUCCCAAUUAUAUCUAAGGACUACGCUUCUAGCAAAUGGUGCCUUCGCGAGCUGGUUCAGAUGUUGAAGUGCAAGAGAAGCAAAGGGCAGGUAGUGUUGCCCAUAUUUUACAAAGUGGAACCCUCGCAAGUGCAACAUCUGAGAGAGAGAUUUGGAGAUGCCAUCAAUGCACAUAAACAUAGUUUGGACGAUAUGGUUGUGCAGGAAUGGGAAGAAGCGCUCAAAGAAGUCAGUUCUUUAAAAGGAUGGGAAUCGGAGAAAAUUGAUGAUGGGUAUGAAGGAGCAUUGGUUAAAAUUGUUGUCAGAAAAGUCAUAAGUGAGUUAAAAAGACAUUUUCAACUGAUUGUUCCCAAAGAGUUGGUUGGAAUUGACAAUCCCAGAAGAAAUUAUGAGCUUCAUAGAUGCUAGAUUUAAUGAUACAAGGAUUAUUGGAAUUUAUGGAAUGGGCGGCAUCGGCAAGACAACUCUUGCAAGGGUCUUGUACAACUAUCUCUCCAGUCAUUUUGAACAUCUUAGCUUCGUGGCAAAUAUUCGAGAAACAUCUCUACGCAAGGGUAUUGAAUGGACACAAAAGCAGCUCAUUCACGAUAUACUAAGAAGUUCAUAUGAUGUGUCUAAUGUCGACGAGGGAAUCAUCAUCAUCAAAUCUCGAUUUACAAGUAAGAAAUCCCUAAUUCUUCUUGAUGAUAUGGAUGAUAAGGCUCACUUGAAUGCUUUGGCUGGAGAUGGUGAUUGGUUUAAAGCUGGAAGUAUAGUCAUCAUAACCACUAGAAACAAGAGUAUACUUGAUGAGGCGAGGGCAACCUACAUGUACGAACUCAACAAGUUGCCUUUGGAUUCAUCAUUGAUUUUAUUCAGUAGGCAUGCAUUUCGAAAGGAUUCUCCUCAUAGUGAUUAUGAGGUUAUCUCUCGAUAUCGUGUCUACUACUGGAGGGCUUCCUUUAGCUCUUGAAGUUAUAGGUUCUUUCUUACGUGAAAAGAAAAAUAAAAUUUGGGAAGAUACAUUGAAGAAAUUAAAGAAAGUGCCUGAUAAGAAAGUGCAAGAUACGUUGAGGAUAAGUUACAACUCAUUAGAUUAUGAGACGAAGCAGAUAUUUUUGGAUAUAGCAUGUUUUUGCAUUGGAUUAUCUAAACAAAGUGUAACUUAUUUAUGGGAUGCCUGCAGUUUUUCCCAGAGAACGGAAUUGAACUAUUGAGCCUUAUGUCCCUAAUUAAAAUUGAUAAAGAUGACAAGAUAAUGAUGCAUGAUCAAUUAAGAGAUCUUGGAAGAGAAAUUGUUCGUCUAGAACAUACAAAGGAGCCUCAAGAGCGCAGUAGAUUAUGGAUUCAUGAGGAAGCCCUAGAUGUUAUUGACAACAACAAGGGUAGUAGUAAAAUUGAAGCCCUUUGUCUUGGGCUUAGUGAGUUUGAGGCCCUUUUUCUUGGCGAUUAUUAUUACAAGAAAAGCUACCGAGGUGAACAAUUUAAUGAACUCACCAACUUGAGGUUCCUUCAAUUGGGCAAUGUGAAUCUUAUCAGAGAUUUCCAAAACUUGCUUCCUCAAUUAAGAUGGCUUCAAUGGAAGGGUUGUCCCUUAGAUUUCAAUAUGGUCAACUUUCAUCCAAAGAAAUUAGCCGUGCUGGAUCUAUCACGAAGUUAUAUUUCAGAGGAUUGGGGAGGAUGGGAUCCACUCAAGAUGGCAACCAAGUUGAAAGUUCUCAACCUCUCAUAUUGUGAAAAUUUGAGAAGAAUUCCCAACUUGUCUACUUUAAAAAGCUUAGAGAUUUUGAAUCUCGAAAAUUGUCGGAAUCUAGAAGAAAUUCAUCCUUCUAUAUGGUAUAUCAAGACCCUCGUCUCCUUGGAUGUCCAUGGCUGUUUUAAACUAGAGAAGCUACCAACAAGAGUAGGGAGAAUGGAAGAAUUGAGGGAGCUUCUAUAUUAUGAUAAACUUGCUCAGCUUCCUGAAUCCAUGGGUUCCUUUAAAUGGUUAACUAAGCUGGAUUUAUCUCAGACAAGGAUUAAAGAAUUACCUGAAUUCAUUGGUUCUAUGAAGGCGCUAGAAACUCUUAAUGUCUCUUGGUGUGGAUUAUUAGAUCGCAUACCCAACUCCAUAGGCAAUCUAGCAUCUCUAUCUCUCCUUAACUUAUUGGGAUGCCAGUUGUUAAGAGAGAUCCCCAACUCAAUUGGAAAGUUGACAUCGUUGAUCAAGCUACAACUGACAAAGACUUCAAUUACAAAAUUACCAGAAAGCAUUGGGAAUCUGAAAAAUUUGAGGAUCUUGGAACUUGAUGAAACUCCCAUGACAAACAGAAUUGCCUAGUGCCAUUGGUAUGCCGGCAAAACUCCAAGUGUUGAGUGCAUCACAUUGCAAAAAUCUAGAAGGACUACCUAGUAACAUAGGCAAUUUGGUUUCGCUAAACGAGCCACACUUAGACAAAUUGGGCAUUUUGAGCUUGCCAGAAAGCAUUUUGGAGCUCUCUUCUCUCCAACAGCUCAACGUUCCUAAUUGCAAAAACCUUCGAGAACUACCUGAAUCCAUGGGCUCUCUUGUGUCGUUAACUAAGCUGUACUUAUCUCAUACGAGGAUUAAAGAAUUACCUGAAUCCAUUGGUUUUAUGAGAGUGCUAGAAACUCUUAAUGCCUCUUGGUGCAGAUCAUUAGAUCGAAUACCCAACUCCAUAGGCAAUUUAGAAUCUCUAUCUUUCCUUGACCUAUCGGGAUGUCACUUGUUGAGAGAGAUUCCUAACUCGAUUGGAAAGUUGACAUCAUUGACUAAGCUGCAGUUAGCAUAUACCUCGUUUAAAAGAUUACCAGAAAGCAUUGGGGAUUUACAAAAUUUGAGGAUCAUGGACCUCCAAGGAGCUCUUGUGAUAGAAUUGCCUAAUGCCAUUGGUAUGCUAACGAAACUCCAAGUGUUGAGGGCAUUGCACUGCAAAAAUCUGGAAGGAUUGCCCAAUAAUAUAGGCGAGCCAAGGCCGCUAAGCAAGCUUCAUUUAGGUGGAUCAGGCAUUUUAAGCUUGCCGAAAGCAUUUUGAAGCUCUCUUCUCUCCAAUAUCUCGAUGUUCGUGAUUGCAAAAAACUUCGAGAAAUACCAGAACCGCCCUCCAGCUUAACAGCUCUGCAUAUCGAUUUCCCAACUCCAUCGUUGCCAUAUCUCUCCAAACUAACCCUUCUCGAGGAACUCACUCUUUUUGAUCUCCGUCCUCUUGAAUGUCUCCUAGAGCUUCCCAUCCGACUAUCGAUGCUUUUAAUUAAGUCUAGUCAUCUAAGGUAUGUCGAACGAAGGGAUUGGGGGAAGGCCAUAGCCGAAUUGAUUCGCGACAAGUCCUUUGGGCUAAGAAAAGUCACUAGACACUUGGAGUCUUUGCGUUUUUUGCGCUUCCAAAUUGAUGAGGCAAUGAGCCCAGAUUCACGACUGAACGCAACCAUUGCAAAAUUGUGAUGACUUAAACCCGGGGCAGUAUGGAGGGAUGGACUAAGAUCGCCUCGACAGUAUACGGGCGAAGCUAAGGACAUGUCUCCCAUCCCACAUCACUUAGGGGGGAGUCUUGGGCUAGCUUAUAAGGCUUGGGUGUCUCUAACUAUACAUACUUGUUUUCUUGGGGUAGUAUGAGUUGCCCGAGAAGAACAAAAUUGUGAGGACUUAGUGUCCAAAGCAGACAAUAUGUGUAGUGGAGACCCGGGUACUUACUAAUGGUAUCAGAGUCGACUCCUGAACGUGUGUGGGGCCAC